GUAUGAGAACCUCCAGCGCCUGGACUCGCCUAAUCCGACUUGAUGCAAGGGACGAUGAGAGCCACGACUACAAAAGCAAUCGAGUUUAACUCAAUGCCACCAAGGAGGAUAAAACGGGACCGUCACCGCGGAGAAAACCCGCCGUAGCAAAUAACCCCCCACAAUACCCCAACCCAAUUCUAAGAAAAGCAGAGCAACCCCCGCCCGCCGAGGAGUCCAAAGUGAUGACCUCACCCUCAACCCCCCGACGACGACAACGACUACGUGACAAGACCCCAGCGCAGUUGCUCCGGUACGUCCGCAGGAAACUAGCUAUCUACGACACCGCCAUCGCAUCCGGACAACCCGUUCCCCCCUCCUUCUCCGCGCGCUUCGAGCCCAAUGCGCGGAGGCGCAGUCUGCGCUCGUUCCUGUUUGACGAGGCGACGUAUAAGGAAGAGGUGAUGCUGGGGCGUGUGAGGGAGUUGAGAAGGUACGAGACGAUGUUGAGGGGGCUGAUUGAGCUUUUUGAGCGACGACAGGAGGUUCAGGAUAAUCUUGGGCGUGUCGAGUCGUUGGUGCGACGGGCGGGACAGGAAAUUGAUGCUGCUGCCUGGUCGUAGAAGGCGUGUUGCUGGAUGGGCUGGCAAAUAGUUGAUAAUCACUCCACAUGCGAAAUCAAGAUCAAGAUAUAAAGUCUCAACUGCAUUCAGCAUAUCCGCUUCAUAGCACCUACGUCCCAGCUCCUCUUUCAACAGAGCAAAUCCAACUAGCUAUUAAAAAAAAACUCCAAGCC